CACGGACGGCAUGACCGAAGACGCUGACGACACUGCGCCAACAACAUCGUACGUCCGGACGUCCGACGACCAUGUCCACCCGCUCGAGCACGCCAACGUCUUCUCGACAGCGACAUUGUCCUGGAUCGAUCCGCUCAUCCGCAAGGGCGCCGCGCAACCGCUCCAAGAAGACGACGUCUGGCCUCUGCCCGCCACCGACACGGCCGCCGUCGUCUCGGAUCGAUUCUUGCGCCAGUGGUCGAUCGAGAUCGCCAAGGCAACGCCAAGGCUCUCGCACGCCAUUUGGCGAACCUUCCGGCGCGAGAUCCUCUUCACCUUGGGCCUCAACGUCGUCGC